GGAUUUUGGGGUGGGAAUGGGGAUUUCUGGGGGGAUCCAGGCACUUCCGGAUGGAUCCAUGGAUUUGGGGCUGGAUUUUUGGGAAGCAGGUGCAGCAGGAAAAGCGGGAAUGGCUGUGACAGCAGGGAGCACCGGGAGGGCUCUUCCUGCUGGGAAAACCUCUGGAUGCGGGAAUUUGGGGGCAGAAAUGGGGAUUUGGGGCUGGAUCCGGGGAUCUGGGGCUGGAUCCGGGGAUCUGGGGUGGAUCCAGGGAUUUGGGGUGGAUCCAGGGAUUUGGGGCUGGAUCCGGGAAUCUGGGGCUGGGUUUUUGGGAAGCAGAAGCGGCAGGAAAAGGCAGCAGGGAACGGCUGGGGCCGAGGGCAGCCGGGAAAAGCUCUGGAAGUUUGGGAAGGGGGGCGGUCCCGGGCUGCGGGGGUGGAUCCCGGCCGGAUCCCGGGAUUUUGGGGAACCGGGAAUGCGCUGACCUGGGCAGGCCGCGGCCGCCGCUCGGUGUCCGCAUGGGCCGCGGGCCGGGAAUCGCCGAUCCCGGCGGGAUCCGCUGUCCCCGGGAUCCCGGGAUCGUCCCGGGGCUCUCCCGGCUCCCGGGGCUGGGCCCGCAAUUCCCGAAUCCCGGCGGGGAGCGCCGGGCCCGGCCCGGAGCCGCUUCCAGCGGAGCGGGGGAUGCCGGGAUUUGGGAAUCAUCGCCGCUCCUCCUCCCCUUCCUCCUCCUCCUCCUCCUUUUCCUCUUCCUGCUUUUCCUGCUUUUCCUGUUUUUCCUUUUCCUGCUUUUCCUCCUCCCGCUUCUUCUGCUUUUCCUGCUUUUCCUUCUCAUUUUUCCUACUUUUUUCCCCCACCUCCUCCUCCUUUUUCCUACUUUUCCUCCUUUUCCUGUUUUUCCUGCUCUUACUUCUCCUCAUUUUCCUCCUUUUCCUUUUCCUCCUUUUCCCCCUUUUCCUGCUUUUCCUUCCCGGGAUUCCCAGCCCCAGAAAUUUGGGAUUUCUCCCUUCAACCCCAGCCCGGAAUUCCCGAGAAAAGUGGAUUUUUCCCCAGAAAAUUCCUUUUAAAACUCCCAAAAUCCAGCCGGGAGCCGAAACCCCCCGGGAUUUAAAGCGUCCCAUGCAUGGAUUCCAUAUUUUUCCCAAAAAAUCCCUUUCACUGGGCCCCAAAAUUCCCUUUCUUUUCCCAAAAUUCCCCUUUAAUUGGCCCUAA